AUGAGCUCGGCUAUAAACCCCCCUAUUCGUGAUCAUUCGAGGACACCAGUUUCCUCGAGUACAAUACUUAAAGAUAACACAGAUACCAAGCCGGCGAUCGGGGGUGGCGGCGGCGGAACUAUUAGCACCAACACUAGUACCACCAGCGACAGUGUACUUUACAUAAAGCUUGAUCGCUGGAUUCAAGAAGCCAAAGAAUCACUUUCCAUUGCAGGGCCUAUUUGCACUGAUGCUAAUUCGCUUCUGUCCGAUGUACGUUUACAACUAGAAAAUGCAUCAGUACUAUGGGCACAAUCUCAGUACUUGUACACAGCCUUAACUGGUCAGAUAGAUACUCUAAAACAGAUUCAAGAAAAAGUUACUAUCAGUAUUACCAAAAGUCGAACGGUAUUUGAGACAUCGUUAGAGCUCUUGGAUGAAGAAGACAGGAAACUUACAAAAGCAUUGCAACUAUUAGAAUCAUCCGAAGAAAAUGGCGCAAGCAAGGCUAAUAUUCCAGAAAUAAGUUCAGUUGUGGCACGGAACCUACGAAGCUUUGUUGACGAAGAAGCUGUUUCCCAGCUCAAAAAUACUACAACAGCUGCCAUAGACGUGAUUCAGCAAGCUCAUGCUGAUACUGAUAGCAUUGUGCGGAAAAUCUCCCAAAAGAUUGCUGCUUUUUCAUGCAUGGCAGUUCCACAACUAGUUGAAAAUAUUGAACGGAUUGCGAGGACGAGCAUUGGCUCUGGAGAGUGGAAAUCAGGAAUUGAAAAAAGGUUAGAAGAAGCUCAUAAUCAAACAACAGAAGUGGCAACUCAUGCUCAUGCAAUGGCAAUGCUGUUAGAGUCACUAGCACGACACUAUGACCAGUGUAUACAAGCAAUGGAGAUGUAUAUGGAUGUGGAGGCACGAAGGAAAAAACGGGAAGGGAAAAAGGUAAAUGGUGAUGACGGCUACGAUGAUUUAAAUGACUUGGUUCUUGUUUUGGAAAACGAUUCGCAGGAACUUGUUGGUGUGAUUGAUGAGCUGCAGGAUCGGUUCAAAGAUAUCGAAAGUUUAACAGGAGAAGUACAGCAUUUCCAGAUAGAAUUAUCAACUGGAAUAUACGAAAAAACGAAAAAGACUUUUGAAAAGCUAGAAAAGUUUGGUAAAGAAGAAUUACUACAAUAUUUGGAUGAGCUACAAGAAUACCAAGAAAAGGUUCAACCAGUUAAAUAUUUAGAUGAAGAACUACAACGACAGGUAGAGUAUACUGCAGGAAUCGGAAUACCACUACGUGAAAUGAAAUCUCUUGUGGAGUAUUAUUCUCUAUUUUGGAUGUCAUAUCAAAGACUAGUUGUUGAGAUUGAACGGAGGCGUCGUUUCAAAAAUCACAUGGAAGCUUUAAUUGAUGAAAUGACUACCAAGGUUGAAAAAAUGCUAACGGAAGAACUAAAUAUGAGACAAGAUUUCUUCAAUACAGUAUCAAACUUUUUGCCAGGAGAUUUAUGGCCCGGUCUGUUGGAGCCUCCGCCGUUUGUUGAUUUUGUGCCCAAUGGAGACUGGGAAACUCCAGAACUUGACAAGAGCAGUUUGGAUGUGGCCUUAGAUGUGUUGAAACGGGAAAGCAAGAUGACAAAAAAGAAAGGCAGUUAA